CAGAAGCAAUAGGAACAAUGGCGGCCAAUGUUCUCUGAGACUCUAGUUUGGACACAAUCAAGGGCAAGAAAUAAACACUAAAUGUGAAAACAACAACAAUAUGCAGAAACUAGUCACAAUCUCCCUGGCGGUUUUCCUAUUGGUCGGGAACCGCUGGGUGAGGGCACUGCCAACCAAUCAAAAUACUGCUGGAGUGGAAGAGGAAGCUGCUGAUAGGCCAACAGAUAUGGAAGCACAAGAAACCCAGAAGAGAUUCGUCAUAGCUGAGCCGCCCCCCAGACACGAGACAGGGCAGCGGUGGCGAGUCCCUCCCCCAUGGUCCAGCUCGACUGACUUUGUGCCCAAUCUACCCUGGCAAACCUCGCCCAGGACCCCAGCAGCCAAGCGCCCACCUCCACAACGUCUCAACCAUAGCCUUCGAAUCCACUCAUACCAGAGCACCUACCCCUUCGAGUCUGAGGUCCGGGGUCAGGGCUAUCACUCGAGAAUUAGGUUCGAUCCCUUUAGUAGCGGAGUGCCCCUCAAGGACCAGCAAGCUCCCAAGGGUCAGACCUUUGGGAAUUGGUCACCGCGACCUGCCCCAACUAGCAGCGGUGAGGGCAGUGGAUCUAGGGUACGAGGUGACCGCCCACUAGCGUCUCACUCACAGCCUGUAUCUACCGGCCAGCGUGGCAGACCAGCUUCAUAUUCCACCUUCUCACAGCACUUCCCUAGUCCCCCAUCUCAAAGUUCCGAAACCACUGGAUAUCAGAACCCCGCCUUAAAUAAUCAGCCGUACAGUUUUCAAGGUAAUCUCCCACUAGCACCGACACCACCACCCCAGCCGAUACUCACCAGGCCGUUCUUGCAUCCAGGAAACCUACCAGCGCUGCCUGAAGGAGUUACACUGGAUGGUGGUGGAUCAUACGACCUUCCUGACCCCAUAUUUGACACACCUCACCCACCACACACCCAUCAACCACAUCCCGAUGAUAGUGUCCCCACCAGUUACGAGUUUGAUUACCCCAGUGUGGCUAACGUCUUCGAGGACGGACCAAAUAGUGGAGAUAUUGUUUUCGAGGGUGGGCCUGAUGUCUUCGAGGGUGAGCCAAAUGAUGGGGCUAAUGUCUUCGAGGGUGAGCCAAAUGAUGGGGCUAAUGUCUUCGAGGGUGAGCCAAAUGAUGGUCUUCGAGGGUGA